UUCCUCUCACCAUGGACAGCGACAACGAUACGGACCAGGCAGAGCCUCCUCCUAGAAACGGGUUGAGUGUUAUGGGGGUUUUCCCUUUAUUUCCACCUACUAUUCCCAACGUGCAGCCUACUAGUCCCACUCGCCCCUCUCGCCUCUCUCCUCCUCGUCACCAAAAGUAUCCCUUGUCACCUCUCUGCUCGCCGCAUGAUGACAUGCCUGACCUCGAUGUGGAGCAUGUCGAGGGCACGUCCGAGCCCGCUACCAGCUCGUGGGAGUCACCCGCCGACGCAUCAACGAAGCGGAAGGCGUCCGCUCACUGGACGCAGCGUCCUCUGCCCUGGGCACCGCCACCGAAGAAGCCUGCCCCCGCGCCAACUCCACCCCCUCCAACUCCUAGCUCAGGGUUGAACCCCUCAUCCCCCGCUGAUGCUGAGUACACUAUAAUCAAGCGUCGUUUUGUCGACGACUGGUCUCGCAUAUUUCUUUGGCUGCGAUUGACACGGAUGAAAAAUGGUCGUCUUGCGUUGAAGUGUGCUGUGUGGUUGCAGUUUGGCGACGCGUUUAGCAACACCAACUAUGGGAAAAAGGGCGACGGUGCACGUGACCUACAGGUGGGAAGCAUCCGCAUCCAUGUCGGCACGCGAGCGCACAAAAAUGCACUGAAAGCCAAGGAGGAGCGGGAGAGAGAGAAUGAGCAGCAGCACACGCUUGACAGGUGGCACACGAGCGACUCCUCGACAAAGCAUCUCAUACGCAUUGCAAUAGAUGAGAGCACGGAUCGCGUCCAUGGCAAACACAUGAUUCUGUAUGCCACCUUCUUCCGCGGCAGUCACGUCGUUACCGAGUUCGUCGCAAUGCUGUCGGUGGAGAGGACCAAUGCCACGUCGGUGACCGCCGUCCUGCUGCAGCUUCUCUCGUCGAUUGGCCUCGACCUGCAGAGGAUUGUUGGCAUGUCGACCGAUGGGGCUUCUGUGAUGACGGGCACCACAUCCGGGGUCGUCACCAGGCUAAAAACCCGCAUCCUACAUCUCGUCGCGACUCAUUGCAUCGCGCAUAGAGAGGCCUUGGGUGCUAAGGACGCUGCGGCUGCCGUUACAGAACUCAACGUCAUUGACAUCCUCAUCCGUGCUUUCGCCGACCUCGUCGGGCGGUCGAACGUCCAGCAUAGCACCUUUAAGAACAUUCAGCUAGUCUACUGCAACACCAACCUCGAGGCGCAAGGCAUCUACGCCAUUCGCUGGUUGUCUCGCGGGGAAGCAGUGGUGCGCUACGUCGAGGUCCUCCUCGCUGCUGUGGUUCUGCUGCGAGGUCAUCCUGGCGGGCUGUAUGAGGUUGACAUGACGGUCGUUUCGUCUCUUGUGGACAACACCUGCAACCGCAUUACCAACCGAUACAUCAUGUGCAGAGGGGGAGUGUACUUCGGCAACAGCGGCAGCGUCAGGCUCGGGGAGUUCCUCCAGGCGCAUGGGUCGCCCAACAACAGGCGGGUGCGCAUCCAAGGUGUGGACAACGAAGGCAACGCGCAGUCGUUCGAGUACGUGCUGCACGAGCGCAUGGUGGACGGGCACACCUCCGAGAGCGACCUCGACUCAUGCGCUGUUGUCUGCCGCAAGUUCGCAGUCGAGCUCGUGGGGAGUGUACGUGGCCGAUUGAGAAGUCUUAGUGACAUGGAGGGGUGCAAGCUCUACAAGGCGAAGACGUACCCGUUGGAUGAUGAGAUGCGCCUGGCGCAGUGCAAGCAGUGGUUGAAGUAGAACCAUGGCCUCUUUGGAGGCAAGCUUCCUGGCUUCGACUACAACAAAGCCGUCCAAGAGCUGUGGGUCUUCACUGCGGCGAUGAUGUCGCAGUACAAGGACGACGGAUUCCACCAGUGGCUCGCCUUGACACUGGACAACAACGAGUGGCAAAGAUCAUACCCCAACAUCCUCCGCCUCUGGCAGGCACUCGCCGUCCUUCCCUUCAGCACGGUCAAGUGCGAGCGGGGUUCUCGAAGCAAAACCUCAUCAAGAGUUGGGAGCGUGGGUGCCUUGGAGAUGACACCCUGGGGGACCUGAUGCGGUGCUCCCUCCUGCAAUACAACAUAAAGUGGUUCGAUGUGGUGUCUGUCUUCCGCGGUGAGAAGCCACACCGUCCCCUUCGAGAUCUGAGCUCGGCCAACCCCACCUCUGUCGAAGAUGGAGGGGCCUCUACCAGUGAGCCCACUCCAUUGGUGGAGCCGAGAGGAUGACUGACUCUGUAGGCUUUGGGGUAUGCGCAUAGUAGAGAGAUGAGUAGAGUAGAGUAGGUGUGGUGCUGGUGGUGGUGGUGCAUAACACUAGCAGUGGCCUUUGUGGGCCGUACCGUAGGCUCUGUAGGGACAAUUCUCACAAGAUGGGCAUGUGCUGAUUCCUAACGAUUCAUGGAGUGCGACUGUGCGAAGGCAAGUUU